AUGAGGAUUUGGAAUGCUCUGACUGAUAAUUAUGGUAACGUAAUGCCUGUUGACUGGAAAUCUUCCCACACCAGAGCUUUGCACUUGCCAACACUGAAUCUUUCAGAAAAAGGGGUAAAUGAUAACUUGAACCUUGACCUGUCAGAUGACGAAGAGCUGAGAGAACAACUGGAUAUGCAUUCUAUCAUUGUUUCCUGCAUCAAUGAUGAACCACUUUUCACAGCAGAGCAGGUGAUUGAAGAAAUAGAGGAAAUGAUGCAGGAAUCACCUGAUCCAGAAGAUGAUGAAACACCCACUCAAUCAGAUCGGCUCUCCAUACUUUCCCAGGAAAUUCAGACGCUCAAGAGAUCCAGUACAAACAACAGCUAUGAAGAGAGAGUAAAAAGAUUGUCUGUUGCUGAGUUAAAUGAACUGCUAGAAGAAAUUGAGACUGCUAUUAAGGAUUAUUCUGAGGAACUGGUACAGCAGUUGGCUCUACGAGAUGAGUUGGAGUUUGAGAAAGAAGUGAAAAACAGCUUCAUUUCUGUCCUAAUUGAAGUACAGAACAAGCAGAGAGAACACAAAGAAACAGCAAAGAAGAAAAAGAAGCUGAAAAAUGGUAGUCCUCAGAACGGCAAACAAGAAAGAGGUCAUAUGCCUGGAACACGCUUCAGCAUGGAAGGGAUCUCAAAUGUCAUACAGAAUGGCUUCCGCCACACGUUUGGAAACUCAGGUGGAGAGAAACAGUACUUAACAACCGUCAUUCCUUAUGAGAAGAAAAAUGGACCCCCAUCUGUUGAAGAUCUUCAAACAUUAACUAAAAUCCUGCAUGCCAUGAAAGAGGACAGCGAGAAAGUGCCAAGCUUGUUAACAGACUAUAUUUUAAAGGUUCUGUGUCCUACAUGAAGAGGGCUGCCUGUCAGAAUUAACCAUGCUCCUUCCUGUGAUGAGAAGCUUUCAGUGGAUAUAACUCAGUAUUUUUGCAUUUGGCACUAUACCUAAACCAGUAUGCAUUUACCACCUCUGUAUGUGCGUGGAUUUUUUGAUCCUCCAGUAAGUCUUCUGGGCAUGACAACUCAUCCAUUUUAACUUAAUAGUGCAAUGAACUGGAGCAAGGAACAAACAUUGUACAGUUUUACUCACAUUGUUCUGGCUUUUUAAAGUCUAUUUUUACAUUGUAUAGCAUGUAGUAAAUCCUCCUGCACAUUUUGUUGUUGGAAGGAAAAGUAAACUUUGAAUAGUGUAAAUAAAAUAAGCCUAGUUUUAAGGAAUCC